AUGGAUUCGGACAGCUCUGAGGCCGGCUCUCCCAGCCCGGGUUUGCAGCUUCAAGCCACCGCGAGCGCAUCGCACUCUUCAUUCAACCAGAAUGCAGCUGCCGCUGUCAACAGCCAAUUCAACCAGGCCAUUCCUGUCCAUCUGGCGCAGCACGCGACUCCUCACUAUCCGCACUUCAACAAUACCAGCCAUGUUGCUCAGGCGCAGGCAGAUGGCCAUCAAGGAAACGCCUCCAUUUUGAGUCAGGGCCCAAACUUCAACUUCCAUCAAGUGGGUGGAGUCCAAGGCAACUUCGGUGGCCACCAGGCUCAAGCCGCAUUCUCAGCGGUCCACCUGAACAACGGAAGUCAGCCUGUCGGUUUCAACAACUCUCUCAGCUUCAAUCAGCCUUCUGCGGCCACAAAUUCUCUCGCAGCUAACCAUGCCCCUGGCGUCAACCAACAUUUGGAAGCCAACCCUCCCCCUGCCCCUGUUGCAGUCAACCAGCCUGUGGCGAUCAACCACGCCCAGGAACAGCAUCCGGCCGUGCGGGCGCUUUUCGCGGUAACGCAGCUCACGGCGAAGGAGGAACGGAUGUUUACGAGCAUUGUCCUACUUGCAAGGACAGGGGCGUCGUUAGACGUCUUGCUGUGCAGUUUGCGCAGGCAUCGAUCGAUGACGGUUUGGGCAACUGAGCCGAGUACGACCUAA